AUGGUUCAAACUAAUAUUCACGGCCAAAAAGUUGACGAUAAUGUCCUGAACUGCGCGGAAAGAGAGCUUCCCAAGAAAGUUACCUUGCAAGGUCAAUUCUGCAAAUUGGAGCCUUUGAAUGUGGAAAAGCACAGCGCAGAGCUUUAUGAGGCGUUUUCAGAAACCAAUGUCGACCGUCUUUUAACUUACUUACCCAUUGAACCCUUCAAUACGCUAGAUGACUACAAAAAGACUAUGCUAGGCUUUAUCAACUUAGAUCACUGUGUUGCAUUUGCAAUCAUUAGUGGAAUUACAGGGCGUGCAUGCGGAACGAUAUGCAUAAAAAGAAUUGAUGCCCGCGGUGCGUCCGCUGAGAUCGGGUUUGUGAUUUUUUCUUCUCAACUCCAGCGUACUGUUAUUGCCACGGAGGUCCAGUAUUUGCUGCUGAGAUACUUAUUUGACGACCUGGACUAUAGACGAGGUGAAUGGACAUGCGAUGCUUUCAAUGAGCCCUCCAGAAAUGCAGCCUUGAGGCUAGGAUUUAAAUACGAAGGAACUUUGCGCAAAUCUUUCAUUUACAAGGGCCGAAACAGAGACCAACAGUGGUUUUCCAUUGUGGAAGAUGAGUGGCCCGUGGUCAAGCAAGCUUUCGAACAGUGGUUGAGCCCUGAAAACUUCCAAGAUGGCGUACAAAAGCGUAAACUUUCCGAUAUUCGCGAAACUAUCGCUGCAGCGUGA